UUCCCAGCCAUGCCGGCGACGGGGGCAGGGGGGCGGUUCUGUGCCUCCCCUCCGGCGGCUCGGGCCGCUGCCUGCGGGGGGAUCGCCCUCCCCGCACCCCACGCCUCCGGUUAUUGAUGGUGGCGGCCGCCGCCCGCCCCGCGCCUCCCGCCGCGCCCGCCCGCUCCCCCUCUCUCCCCGGCACUGCCGCAGAGGCUUCACCGCAACGCGAAGCCCACACAGCCGCUCCGGUCCGCCCCUCCUCUGGUCUGUCACGCUCGGCGGCUCCUCCGGGAGGCUCCUCGCUCCCUCCCGCAGCCUCACGCCGCGAGCAGGAGGCAGCGGGAGCGGAGGGAGCUGCCGCGGCUCUCCGCCGCCUGCCCCCCGGUUGAAUAUUACAAUUUCACUUGUACCUGGGCUUUUUCCACUGAUGUCCAACACGCAAUAGACAUUCCAAACAAUAUUUGGCAGGUGCAUUUGCAGCUUAACAGCAGUCCUUCUUUGAUACAGGAUGGAGGACACAUACAAAGAUAGGACUUCGCUAGUGAAAGGGGCCAAAGAUAUUGCUAAAGAGGUGAAGAGGCAAGCAGUGAAGAAAGUGAAUAAAGCAGUUGACAAAGCCCAGGAUGGCUACACGCAGAGGUCCUACAAUCGAUUCCAGGAUGAGGAAGAUGACGAUGAUUACUAUGGCCAAGGAGGAAAUUAUGGUGUAGAAGCUAAUGAUGAUGAAGGAUCAAGUGAAGCAACUGAAGGACAUGAUGAAGAUGAUGAAAUUUAUGAAGGGGAGUAUCAGGGAAUCCCCAGCAUGGGGCAGGGUAAAGAUGACAUGGUGGCCUUAGGUCAGUCUAUGCGUGAUGAAUACAAGGAUCGUCAUGAACUGGAAACCGAGAGGAAAGCUGAUGAAGAAGAGCUAGCACAGCAAUAUGAAUUGAUAAUACAAGAAUGUGGCCAUGGUCGUUUCCAGUGGGCCCUCUUCUUUGUGUUGGGAAUGGCCCUAAUGGCUGAUGGGGUUGAAGUGUUUGUGGUUGGAUUUGUGUUGCCCAGUGCUGAAACAGAUAUGUGUAUACCCAAUUCUGGAUCAGGAUGGCUUGGUAGCAUAGUGUACCUUGGGAUGAUGGUGGGGGCAUUCUUCUGGGGAGGCUUGGCAGACAAGGUGGGAAGGAGACAAUCACUCCUGAUAUGCAUGUCUGUCAAUGGAUUCUUUGCCUUCCUGUCAUCAUUUGUCCAGGGCUAUGGCUUCUUCCUCUUCUGUCGCUUGUUUUCUGGAUUUGGGAUUGGAGGAGCUAUGCCAACAGUCUUCUCCUAUUUUUCGGAAGUGCUUGCUCGGGAGAAACGAGGUGAACACCUGAGCUGGCUCUGUAUGUUUUGGAUGAUUGGUGGCAUCUACGCUUCUGCAAUGGCUUGGGCAAUAAUUCCUCAUUAUGGAUGGAGUUUCAGCAUGGGCUCUGCCUACCAGUUCCACAGCUGGCGAGUAUUUGUGAUUGUCUGUGCGUUGCCCUGUGUCUCUUCUGUGGUUGCCCUCACCUUUAUGCCGGAAAGCCCACGGUUCCUGCUGGAGGUUGGAAAACAUGAUGAAGCUUGGAUGAUACUCAAGCAAAUUCAUGACACGAACAUGCGCGCUCGUGGUCAGCCCGAGAAAGUCUUCACUGUUACCAGAAUCAAAACACCAAAGCAGAUAGAUGAGCUCAUAGAAAUAGAGAGCGAUACUGGAACUUGGUACAGGAGGUGUUUUGUAAGAAUCCGCACAGAGCUGUAUGGUAUUUGGUUGACGUUUAUGAGAUGCUUCAACUACCCGGUGAAGGAUAAUACAAUCAAACUUACAGCUGUAUGGUUCACCCUGUCUUUUGGCUACUAUGGCUUAUCUGUCUGGUUUCCUGAUGUCAUUAAACAUCUGCAGUCCGACGAAUAUGCAUCCCAAGUGAAGCAUUUCCGCAAUGAGGAGGUCUCACAUUUUGUCUUCAACUUCACACUGGAAAAUCAGAUUCACAGCAAUGGAGAAUACAUCAAUGACAGGUUUAUUAUGAUGAAGUUUAAAUCAGUAACCUUUGAAGAUUCACUCUUUAAGAACUGUGUGUUUGAAGACAUUACUUCACUGAAUACAUACUUCAGGAACUGUACUUUUGUUAAUACCACCUUCUACAACACAGAUCUCGAGCAGUAUAAAUUUGUUGACAGUGAAUUGAUAAAUUGCACAUUUUUUCACAUCAGGACAGGAUGCCAGAUUUCUUUUGAUGAUGACUACAGUGCCUACUGGAUCUACUUUGUUAAUUUCCUGGGAACUUUGGCGGUGUUACCAGGAAAUAUUGUGUCCGCUCUCCUGAUGGAUAGAAUAGGACGGUUAACGAUGCUAGGUGGUUCCAUGGUUCUUUCUGGCAUCAGUUGUUUUUUCCUGUGGUUUGGGACCAGUGAAUCCAUGAUGAUAGGUAUGCUGUGCCUCUACAAUGGCCUCACCAUCUCAGCAUGGAACUCUCUAGAUGUCAUUACUGUGGAGCUGUAUCCUACAGACAGAAGGGCAACGGGCUUUGGCUUUUUGAAUGCACUAUGCAAAGCUGCAGCUGUACUUGGAAACCUAAUAUUCGGUUCCCUUGUUGGUAUCACCAAAGCAAUCCCUAUUCUCCUUGCUUCUACUGUUCUAGUAUGUGGAGGUCUGGUAGGACUUCGGCUUCCUGAUACAAGAACCCAGGUGUUGAUGUAACUGGAAAAAACAUUUACUAUUUAUUUCCUUCUUUGUACAAAUGUCAACUCUCCUGACUGAUGGUGCAAAGGCUUCAGAUUCUCAACACACGGUAGAGUGCUCAAAUGUCAGAAAUCAAACUCAAAAAUUAUUUUGGAGUAGCAGAGAUUUAACAACCUCUGUAUGAAAGUUUUAAAUUUCACUUUUAUUUGCUUGCGUACCUUGCUAUUCAAACCCAUUUCACUUCAAAGUGCAAAGCUACCUCUUUAAAAUAGUUUUGGUGACACAUCCAGGAAGGUAAAAACCAUACUGAUUAUUAGAUAUUUAAAAUGCAAGAAGUCAGAUUAUUUCAAAAACACACGCUAGAUUUGGCCAUGGCAAAAUUGUGAGCUUUUGUAACACUACAGACAUGCAAGUCAAUUACUUAUCGGUAUUGGUGCAGGGAAUGUUAAUGUAUCAAUGCAUGCAGCAUUUAUCAGGAAACUCUACUGACUGCAUCAGUACUGGGAACAGUGACCUUCUGCAGCUGUGCUUAGGUGGUAAAAACUAGUGGCAAUGACUCUUUCUUGGGAAACAUUUUUAGGCAGAUUCAAUCUAAGUAAAGAUUACCAAGCACACCCCAUACUGGCUGAGGAGAAGGCAACAGCUACUGCAGGGAAUUUAAAAGUCCAUAAGGGUAUGCAGCAGAGAGAAUAACAAAAUUAACAUUUUCACUUUUUGCUGCUGAUCCUCCAGAAAAAAUUUUUUUAUUCUCACUUGUGGCAUCUGGAAUAUUUUUUCCAUCUAAAACAGUGAAUUUGUCUCAUUCCAGGAGUGAAUGAAUGCAAAUUGUUUUGCUGUUGUAAGUCUGAAUAAAGGAAAAAUCAGGCCAUUGAACUAUAUGAUAACUAAGAUACUUUCAGAGGUUUAUUUGGAAUUUACAUAUGUAAACACCUUAGUUUUUUUCAUAGUUUCUACAGUUCUUAAUAUAACCAUUUUCUCAGCUAAUUUUUAAUAGCUCCAGAGAUGUCUGACCACUUAAUAUUUUCAAAUAUCUCUUUGAAAGGCCAUUAAGAAAUAAGCCAUAGCAAGGCUGCAGGGGAAUGGUAAUGUUUUUAUUGGACCAAGUGCAUAGAUUAAGAGCAAAUGGUAGUAAAUACAUUCCUUCUAUGCUGUGGACAGUUCUGACUACUGUGAAGUUCCCCAUCAGUUCUAAUGCUAUGCAAAAGGUUAUGGGAUCAGCAUUAAAAAUUUAAUACAGAUACAGUUAUAAAAUUAUUUUUAUAAGAAAAGAGGCAGAUCCUCUGGUGACAGAAACUGGCAUUGCUUUCAGUGAAGCUAAGACAACUUGUAUCAGCUGAUGAACUAUCUGCAGUUUUCAAGUGUCAAAUAACAAAUUUGCUAUAAAAUAUACGGAAAAGUUUAUGCAGUAUUUUUCUUCUAAUUAUGUCUGACAGCAUUUAGUAGGUAGAUGAACCAUUGCCAAGGAACCAAGCUUUCAGAUAAGGUCAUAGUUUAGUAAGCUAGGGUUUUUUUCAUUAGUCCUUCUCUUGCUCUUAGACAUGAACUUAGAUCUGGGUAGCAAUAUCUGGCACUGCAUUCUUUAUCAGUCAUCAUCUUUAUCAUAUUAAUAGAGUCAGUAAAAGUCUACAUAAGAUCACUCAACACAUUUAUAGUUCACUGUUUAAUCUAUUGAUUCUGGAAGUGAUAUUUUCAGUUACUAACAAAUGCCUCUGCUACACAUUGUAGCACAAAAAAAAAUUAGCCCAAGAUAUUGUUUUCUGCUAUGAAAUGAGAAAAGUGUCAGAAUUAAAAGAGCAGGAGUAUGGAAAACUAGGGGGCAUUAUUUUGAUGUUGAUAAUUUAAAUAUGCUAUAGUAAGGAAGUGUGUUUAUUUUGGAAUGUUAAGAUCAAGAUAUGUGAGAUGAAAUAUUUUAUGUUUAAAUCUGACGUAGACAUGUCUCUUAAAUUUCUAAACUAUGCUAAUAAAUGAGAAAGAAUUAUUUUUUUCACAAAGUUCUAGGUUAAGAACAAAAUUCUGGCCCUAGUUUUGCAUCUGUGGCUUUUGUCCACUAGUCAUAGCCUUAAUAUUAUUUUAAGGCUGUUUCUUGCAAUUAGUAUUAUAUUUGAGCCCUGUUUCUCUGUGCCACUCCUUAGUACCACAUGUUUAACUCCUUGCAUGUACUGCACAACUUUUUUUGAAAUCUGAAGCCUCUGUACAUAUUUGGAGUCAACAUCAACAACAAUGGUAAAAUAUUGCUUUGUGUUGCUAUGCACUGUCCUCUUGCAGUAGUAUAUUCUGUCCAUCUCUGCAUGUAAUUCCCAUAACACUCAGAUACAGCACUUCAUAGCAUCUGACCAGCUUGAAGGAAAUGGGUCACAGAAAAAUAAGAUUCAGCUUUUGAGGGCUAUGAUUCAAGUUUAACACUCUAAAAUCUCAUGACAUGUAAAACUAUGUUGAUUUCAAUGUUGGUUUUAUUGCAAAUCCUGACUAUGUCAUAAGUCUGUGAUUAAGUCUGGAUGAAAUGGAAUAUAACAACAGGAAUUAAUAGAGAUUUUUAAUAAUGGAACUACAGGGAUAUUGCAUGGUCCAGAAUUAAAAUGAUCUAAGGUAGAAAAAAGAAAAAGGAAUAAUGGAUAGGAAUUGGAUGAAUAAGUAAAUGAAAGAGAUGAACAAAGAGAAAACCCAAGAACAAUUCCAACAUAUGAAACAAAAUUUUAAAUCAGAAUUUCUCUGGAUGGUGAGCUAGUUGGCUCAACAGAUUUGAACUAGUGUGCAGGCCAGCAUCAAAGUUGAUGGAAUAAUCAAUAGUUUUUGCUUGAGCGCAAUAAAAUUUAUCUCAUAAAGACAAAAAAGUGAAUGCAAUUUCAUGCUAUGAGUAACUUGGUAAGAUAGGUGAAAUACACAGACUGGAACAGAAAUCUGUAGGGAUCUGGACACAAAUGUUACUCACAUUGCAAGCAAAAUAAUUUGGUCUUCAGCAAAUCUGUCUUUUCUCGCAGCCUCCAAAGCAAUCACAGGUAAUAAAUACUGGACGGAAGGACCUGCACUUCCUUUCUAUGUCUAUUAACUUAUAUGUCACACAAAGAAUCGCUUAAUGGCCUGGUUAGAUUCCUAAUACAUCAGAGAGAAACAAACUUGAUAGCAUUUGUGUAUCACCGUUAUAAAACAUACGUAAUCAAAACUGCUUAUUUGUCUGUUUUGGUCACAGAACUGACUGACUACUAACUAGAAAUUCCUGUCAGUUUAAACUGAAGUAGGACAUAAUGUCUAGGAAUUUUCUAUGCAGCUGAAAAGCUCAUCCCAACAGCAGCAAUGUCAAAAAGUACAAUGGCCCCUGAAAACAUAGAAGAGUCACAGCAUUUAGAAUGCUGUUAACCAUGACGGUCAACAAUUUUGAAAUCUGGAAACUAUCCACAAAAGAGACCACAUUUUCAUUUUUGGCAAGGAAAUUUUAUUUGAAUUAGUUUUACUCCUUACAGGUUGUCUAAUAGUAGAACUUGACUUAGCAGACUCUAAAGUCUUGAAAGCAUCUUAUUUAUCCUGUUAGCAUGUUUUAACCAGAUUGGUUAUACCCCUGCUAGCACCCUGUUGCUUGGAAGCAUGUGCUACAACCUUUGGCAACCAUUGUACUGGUUGUUGAGUACAGGCUCCUAGAGAGGGAACUAGGAAUAGGUGUUCACGGUGGAGUGCUGAACAGGAUUGAUAAUGAAUGACGUACUGGGAAACCUUCUCCCUCUAUGCUUGAUUUUAACCAGUUCCCUUACAGAGUUGUGUACUACAAAAGUUGCGUACCACUAAAAAAGUUAGCCCUCCUUCCUGAUGGCUCCAGUAGUCUCCUCCUUUAUCAUCAUGGGGAUAUGGGUCAAAGUUAAGGUUGCUAACUCAAGCUCUGCUUGCUUUCUCUUCCUACCAUUCCAUUCAUUCCAUCCCAAAUUACUUUUCUUACUAGGGGACAAACCUAAAAGAAAGUCAAACCUCCAAAACUCUCUCACCUUGCUUCUGACUUCCCAGUAACAUUCAGUAAAAAGUUUUGUUGCAUAUCUUUUGCAAUUUGGUUAUAACUUUUUAAAACAAUAUGGAAAGCAACUUUAGAAGUCCUUCUGUGAAUCUCACCUUUUGAGACAGCCAGACUCCACACUUCCCUAUAUAACAAGAAGGCUGGCCUAAUACAAGGAGAUUAGGUCUCCUCUCAGAAUGGCCCCUAUUGGCCUCCUGAUGAGAGUACAGAUUUGAGGGAGUCUUCUUGUCUGUGCACCUAGCUCAGCUCCAUUUGGAAGAAAUUAUAUUCUGUAUUCUUUUUUUUUCUUUUUUCUACCACUGUGGAGCCUUAUCUUUGUGUUGUGCCUCCUCUUGAGGCAUAACUGUGGAUACCAAUUCUCAGCAAAGUAAUAUAGUCCUCAGUCCCUCAGAUGGACAGCCUCUAUGUGCUAGGUUUUAACUCUCUUCCCCAUUUUGAGUUUUAAAUUAAUCUUCAUUAGCCAGAGAAAGAUGUUUACAUCCAGUCGCACCUCUCUACCUAAACAAGAUGGUAUCACACUAAUACAACCUACAAGCCAUGUUUCCUGUUUAAUAACCUGGAAAUGCAAUUGAAAUUUCAAUCACAAUGUUAAAAAAUGAAUCCUUGCAUUCAGGGGGUCAAAGACACAAGAAGUGAAAACAGAAAUUCUCCACUUCCUCUGGUGUUUUGAAAGAAAACACAUGUUCAGUAAUCAUAUUCCAGAAGAAAACACAUCUGAGAGACUGCUUUUCUGUAUUUCCUGCCUCCUUGUUCAUUAAACUUACUGUAAAAUAUUAGGUAUUUUCCUGCAUUAGUACUUUCAAAUGCUGCUAGUUGAGCAAACACAGCAUGAAAAUACAGACUUUUGCUUGCUCUUUCAAGGUAAGACAAGGAUCAGGUGAAGAUGUGGAAUUAGAUGAGACAUGUUAGCCAGAAAAUCUGGAACUCAGUUCAAAAGCUGAAUUAAAUGGAAAGCAUCAAUUUAUAAUGCUACUUUCAGAUCUCCCUUACCUUCAUUUAACCUCACCCAGUCUACAACCAAUCCAUGUGCUGCUAUCAGCCUCAUUUGCUUUCUUCUAAUAAUUUCAAUAAGUGUUGCAAAAUAUAUUUGGAUUCACUAUCACAAUCUGCAUUUUUAUAUUUUUGUAGAGGUAAAUUUCCUAUUUCUUCCUGCAAAAGAAGGAUCCUUCAAUAGUCCCACUCUAGAUGUAUAAGAUUGUUACAUACAGCUUCAUCAACAUUUAGGACCUUUUUUUAACGCAGUGACUUAGCAUGUCAAAAGCAGAAAAACGAUAAAUUGGGCAUGAUCGAUAUACUUUUCUUAUUAAAUAUUUUGUUGAAUUAUCUACAAAGAUGCUGGCCUGUAAUAUGGAGUUCUGGGCCUUUGAAUACAUCCUGUGCAACUUAAAAUGAACAAAGCAGUAAUUUUCAGCAGUCUCCUCCCACAACAUACACGAGUUACAUUUAAUAGGACCAAAACACUUAGGGAAAAGUACAGUGCUUUCUAGGGUAAACAAUCUAUUCUCUUGGACAAAGGUCUAGAACAUAUCGCUCGCUUCGGACCAGUACACAGUCUGAUAACCAAAGAUUGGAGAUUACUUAACAACAAAAUUAUUUGGGUGAGGAUGACCUGACACAAAGGUAUUGUUCUUUCCACCCAGGGUAUUCAUGAAUGUAGACUUUAAUGCCACAUAACCAAGAUGAUUUGUAGAGACCUUGCCCCUACUCUGGCCAUCAACACAUCUGAGUUGUAGCCAGACACAUCAGUCCACAAGUGAGAGAGAAAGUGAGAGAGAAAAAGAGCUGGCAGGCACUUUCAGCACUCUCUGCACAGCUAGCCACCUAAGCUCAUUUCGCUUGGAUCCUAAGGAUCUGGUUUUUUGCUUAGCUUUCUACUUUCUAAUUUUGGACAUCUACCACUUGCCAUUCAGUUUUCACCAGCAGUCGUGACCAAGCAAGCUGAAACUCCUUAAUGCUAAAGGGCAGCACUCACACCUCAUUGCAAGCACAGUACUCUGCAAGAGUCCAGUGUCGUGUGUUGUUUCAGUUUCAUUUGUUGUCAAGAGAUAAAGUUGUCAGCUAGCAUUUCUCUUGUACAAUUCUGCAUGUAUUCUUAUCUAUAAGACAUGCCUUCUAUCCUCUUAAUGUCUGCCUUGUAUGAUCAUAUGUAUGCCCAUCCCCCACUGGUUAUGUGAUAAAAAUAAUUUGUGAAUCUUACUUAGGUCUGUCUUACCCAGUUAAAAGGUGAUCCUUCAAAAGAAGAAGGUUGGGAAAAAUAAUGAAGUGGAAUCAAAUUAAAUGAAAACUAUGAAGAGGAAUAACUCAAGAUGUAGGCUUCAAGUAUUGUAUUUUUUCAGAUGUUUUCUUCAAAUCCUAGCCUGAAGCUAUAUAAUAUUGUAUAUUGUAAAGAACUAUUACACAGUUAGAAGUGAACACAUAUGCAGACAUAUGUGGGUGAGUAUACACACAUAUGUACACACUCACCUCCCUAUAACACAGGUAGAUGUUAAAUUUACAAAACAUGUUCUCAUCUCUUUCUCUGUGACAGUAUUACUGUCUUCAUUGUGCAUUAUGCUUUGAACACAAAUAACAUCCUGCUCCAUUCCUUGUGCAGAAACCUUCACUUAUUCAUGUGCAAAAUUGUUGGGAUGCCAAGAGUCAUCUCAACUGGCCGUUAGCUUCCAGUCAUUGGAAGGGGAUUCCUAAAAUUGUCUGAAAAAUGAGCUUUGAUUUAGCUGUUGCCUUUCUCCGCCUGCCCACCCCACCCUCCUGCCCCAUCACACUGUGCCAAACAGCAAAGCAGCACAUCGUGCAAAGGCACUGGUGUUCUAGUGACUAGGAGACACAGCACUCUCAGAUACAUAAACUCCUAAAAGCUAUGAAUUUUGUCUUAUUCAACCAAAAGGCCUUCAAAAUGGUCCAUGGGGAUAUCAACAUGCUAACUUCUGUGUAAUGUAUGAGAAAAUGUCUGUGAUUUUCUGUAUUGUAUGUUUUUUCAUUGUUUCUGCAUAUAUGGCUGCUGUUGUUCUAGUGAUGUGGUUAAAGAAUUAUUUGCUACUGUUCUUAUGAGCAAUUUUUGACCAGCCUGAAACAGACCCAUUGCCAGGGUGUUUUACAAUUAAUGACUAACACCCAUGAAGAUCUUCUACAGUAAUUAGUGUCAUAUAAAGACAUGGAUACUAUAAAUCAAGCGAAUCCAAGGUGAAAAUAUCAGCAUAUACCCACAGACCAGUGACAGUGGAAAGAGCUCUUCCAAAAGCUCUGGCAUCUGCUACAUUUCUUCUUUGCUCUUUGCCGGAUGUUCACUCUUUGCAGUAUUCUUCCUCUGGUAGGGGACAUGCAUUCAUGCUACAGAAGUAAGAAAGCAGAAGAAAGGGCGUAUUCCUUCCACAGGAAGGAAUGUAUAUUUGCUAUAGGAAAGCCAGCUCUAUAAUAAGAUUAAAACAAACAAACCGACCAACCCAAGCAGCUUGCUAUUCUUUUUUUAUCCCCAGGUCUUCUAUGAGUCGAUAAACUAAAUACCACUGCAUACCAAACCUGUGGGAGGAGACUAAGAAAGGGUAGCAAAGCUUACAUGAUAGUUCUUUUGGAAACGAGGAGAUCUUUCCAGGGGGAAAACAUACUCAGUGAGUGAAACCAUAGCAUAUAGUUUCCAAUUGUGAUCACCAACAGGCAGUUUUAAGUAGAAAAUUGUUAUUCAGGUCUAUAGUAGCAGUAUAUAAUGCUACCUUUUAUAUGGAAAUGUGUAAAAAUUGGUUAAAACCAAUAGCUUGGAAGAAAAAGGAGAAAAUAUGAAAAGCUACUUAAAAAACAUGACCUCCCAUCAUCUCUUUUUUACAAACCUUUUAGUGCUUUCCUGUUUCUUCCUGCUACCAAUCCAUCCUGAUAUUGUGACUGACUUCUUCAGUGCCUCACUAACGAAAUGAAAGGUUUUAUUGAUAUUUGCAACAAAAAUUGAGAGCAGGCAUGAAAUUAGCACUGUAGGAAAGCUAGCUCAUAUAUAAGAAUUUUUAAAAUGCCCUAAGCUGCUAGUGUCUGCCUGCAUUUACUGUCCUCCAAGUGGUUUAGGAUCUUACGAAGUGUUACAUGAAAGAAGCUUUGUGUGUGUAAACUGAUCCUUGUUUAAAUCAGUGAAGCAUUUUUUUAGGAUCAGGACCCCAGCUUUGUCUUUCAAAAAUAUGAAGUCUGUGACUGUGUAUACUGCCAUGUUGGAAUUGCUAUUGUGAAAGAAAUGUGUUCUUUCAGCCCUUUUUUUAACAUGAAUAAUUUUAGCCUGGCUUUUCUUAUGCAUGUAAUGUUUUGCAAACAUUAAAAGGAUUUUAUAGCAAUGCUGCAAGCCAACUGAAUCAACUGGCAGCUUAUUUUAAUCUUUUUCUAUAGGGUAUUGUAUUAAAAACCCCAAUUAAGCCUUUUGGAAAAAUGCUGUAUUACGUUCAGCUGCACAACACUGUGACAACCAAAUUGUAUCUCAUAUUUGGCAUCAAACAUAUGUAGGAAUCUACUAUAUAAAAUUAGAUGGCUGUUUAAGUGGGCAGUUUCCAUUGCAGUGUAAUGACAUGUGCAGAAGUCAAGUAUCAAGGAUGAGGUACAGGAAGUAGAGCUCUUGGCCCUCACUGCAACUUAUUGGUAUUGUAAGGUUACUGAUUUUCUUAAAAACUUGUUAGGUUUUUGCUUUCACUGCAAUUUAUUGGCAUUGUCAGGUUACUGAUCUUAAAAACCUGACAGCAUUUUCUAAUGCUAAGCAACAGAAGGAAAACAUGUAUUCCUUCCUAGUUUUUUGUGGUUAUUUUCUGUUCCCAGUUUUUACUUCUAAACUUUCACUCAAAUUUCCAACUGCUCUGGGCCAACUGGGCAUACAAUUUUUCAAACAGUCUUCAGUGUACAAACAUACAGGUAUGUUAGUGGGCAUAUGUUGUCAAUAAAAUCAUAACCAUUUCUGACAAUCUCCAUUUCUCAAUGCAAGGUAACAUGUACAUAUUGUAUAUACGGGUAACAAGCUACUUUAAAGUUGAAUUGCCAUCUGAACAUGGGAAAUUGACUUCAGAUCUGCUAAUCUGCAUCAAGAUCUUGGCAAUGGUCCUGACCUCUCUGUUUCUUUCUUUCUUUGUUUCCUUUACUGCUGUGUGCACCUGGAAAGCAGGUUACAGUCAUCACUAUUGUAUAUAUGUGUUUGCAUGUGUGUGCCUUGAUAAAUUCUCUUUUUUUGGAGUUCUGAAUUUUUCAUUUCAAGUCCAGCUGGUACAAUUGUGAACUCAUUUUUUCCAGUAUCCUCCUCUGUGUCAAAUUGCCAGCUUCCAAAAUGUUUGACCAAGUGUUUUGAUUAAGUUCUCUGAGGAAAGCUGUCUGUAUAUUUGUGAAAGGGCAUGCUCUGUGUGGGAUGACUGUGUACAGUAUAAAUCUAUAAAAUGUGGAAGUGUUUAUAAAUUUAUCUGCAAAAUAUUUAUCAUCUGUGUAACAAAUGCAAAGUUAUUUAGUGUACAUCAGAUUAAUAAAUGGGGAUGAUUUUUUGCUCUGCUGUAUUAAAAUAAAGAUAUGUUCUCUGCAAUGAAUACA